AUGGCAGCCAAAACUCUCGAGAGUCGGUUCGAGCAUCUUUCUGUCAACGAUGAGAACGAUGCCCCCGCCUCAACAAUUCUAAAGUCAAAGGCUGCAAACCAAGGAACGAUAGCAAAUCUACCCUCCACCCAAUCGCGCGCAAACUUGGUCAAGUAUGCACUUCAAGCUUCCAAUGAAUCCAGACAAAAUGCUGGCCAUAUCAUCACAACAACAACAACCUCUACCGUUCCAACUCUUCCCCCGUCGCCUGUCAGAAAACCUAUGCAGUCCUCUCGUGCAUCAGAUGAAAGUGACAACUCUCUACAACGGCACUCCAACUCAACAAACUUCUUCGACCAGCCACAAGCCCCCAAAAGCUUCCACUUGGGCAUGUUUGAGAUCGGAAAGCCAUUGGGCAAAGGGAAGUUCGGUCGCGUGUAUCUUGCACGGGAGAGGUCUUCGGGAUUUGUCUGUGCUCUCAAAGUCCUGCACAAAUCCGAGUUGCAACAGGGCAAGGUCGAGAAGCAAGUUCGUCGAGAGAUUGAGAUCCAGUCUAACUUAAGACACCCAAAUAUCUUGAGGCUCUUCGGGCAUUUCCACGACAGUAAGCGCGUCUUUCUGAUCCUCGAGUUUGCCGGUAAGGGAGAGCUGUACAAACAUCUCCGCAAGGAGCAUCGCUUCCCCGAAUGGAAAGCAGCUCAAUACAUCGCCCAAAUGGCCGCGGCCCUCAAGUACUUGCACAAGAAACAUGUCAUGCAUCGCGAUAUUAAGCCGGAAAAUAUCUUGGUUGGCAUCCACGGCGAAAUCAAGAUCUCAGACUUUGGCUGGUCUGUACAUGCUCCCAAUAAUCGUCGCAAAACCAUGUGUGGUACAUUGGACUACCUCCCACCCGAGAUGCUCAAACCCGGCAGCUCAGACAACUUCUACAAUGAGAAGGUUGACCUCUGGAGCUUGGGGGUCCUCACAUAUGAGUUCUUGGUGGGAGAGGCACCAUUCGAAGAUACUCCUGUCAUGACCCAGAGAAGGAUUGCUCGGGGAGAGAUGACUGUCCCCGGUUUCGUCAGCUCAGAUGCCAAAGAUCUGAUACAUAGGCUACUGGUGCUCGACCCCGAGAAGAGAAUCCCAUUAGAAGACGUUAUGCGCCAUCCCUGGAUUGUGAAGCAUUGCGUGACCAAGGGUGGAGAACGAGGAGCCCAAAGGGCAUCUGGGAGCAAAGACGGAAACUCUGAUUAA